AUGUGCCAGGACUAUACCGACCUGAACAAAGCCUGUCCGAAGGAUAGCUUCCCGUUGCCCCGGAUCGACCAGCUCGUGGACGCUACCGCCGGUCAUGAAUUGCUCAGCUUUAUGGAUGCAUACUCCGGGUAUAAUAUGAUAUUCAUGAACCCUGCCGAUAACGAGCAUACGACAUUUAUCACUAACCGGGGUUUGUACUACUACAAUGUCAUGCCGUUCGGCCUGAAGAAUGCUGGGCCAACAUAUCAAAGGCUCGUUAACUGA